CGGACCGGACCCCGGGGGCGAUGCGGCUGUUGCCGCUGCUGCGGACUGUCCUCUGGGCCGCGCUCCUCGGCUCUCCUCUGCGAGGAGGCUCCGGCCUCCGCCACCCCGUCUACUGGAACUCCAGUAACCCCAGGCUGCUUCGAGGAGACGCUGUGGUGGAGCUUGGCCUCAACGAUUACCUAGACAUCUUCUGCCCGCACUAUGAAGGGCCAGGGCCCCCUGAGGGCCCUGAGACAUUUACCUUAUACAUGGUGGACCGGCGCGGCUAUGAGACCUGCCAGGCCCAGGGCCCAGGUGCCUUCAAGCGCUGGAGGUGCUCCCUUCCCUUCGCUCCCUUGGGCCCCGUUCGGUUCUCAGAGAAGAUUCAGCGCUUCACCCCCUUCUCCCUUGGCUUCGAGUUCUUGCCUGGAGAAACCUACUACUACAUCUCGGUACCAAGUCCGGAAAGUUCUGGCCAGUGCUUGAGGCUCCAGGUGUUUGUCUGCUGCAAGGAGAGCAGGUCUGAGUCCGCCCAUCCUGUCGGGAGCCCUGGAGAGAGUGGCACUUCUGGGUGGCAAGGGGGGGGCACUCCUAGCCCCCUCUGUCUCUUGCUGCUGCUGCUGCUCCCAAUCCUGCGUCUCCUGCGAGUUCUCUGAGCCAAGCAGACCCUCCCUGCCUCCCCCAGGAGCCAGAGCCUCCCAAGACUCUGCAGCAGGGGCCUCAGCCACCUGAGCUGGGAGUGCCAAAAAAAGCCAGCCAGACAAGUGGAAGAGAGGGGGAGGUCAGAGGGUCCGAGGUGACUCUAAAGUGCCAGACCCCUCAUCACUGGCUGAAGAGGAGAACAGGGAAGCUGUAGACAGCCCUGGGCAUCCUGGAGCCGAGUCAAGACCAACAUAGGGUCUCUGUCAGCUGCUUUGAUGGUCUCAUCCCAUCCCCCAGGAGGACUGUGAUUUGUGGGAUCGCACCCUUGAGCCUGCUGGGGCCCAAGGCUGAAGACCUGGGACAGGUGGAUUGCCAGACCCAGGCCAGGCUAGCCAUCUGUGCCCAGUGCCUUGUGGCCCUCUCCCCUGGGGCAGCACCUUUCCCUCCCCAGGAGGUCACUCUCUUGUCUUCUGUGAAGACGGAUCCGCCAUAAGUUUGAAUUUCAUGUCAGUUUGUAUUUUUAUAAGUGUGUGGACCAAACCCUCAAUAAACCACCCAUCUUUUUGUUG